AGCAUGCGCAUAUGCAGGAGUUGUGUACUUCCGGCUUGUUACUAUCGAUGUAAUUUUGUCACAUUGUCAAGUUAACAAUAUUCCUGCCUUUGUUAUGAAAGGAAAAUAAUCGUAUUGAUUAAAAUGCAGAACAAAGAAGAAAAACACCUGGAGCUAUCCCUUGAAGCGGUCAUCAAACAGGUGCAGGACUUGAAGAAUUCUGUCACCGCCUUUCUCUUCAAACUGGAAGAGGAAUAUCACCAGCUAAACUGGCCAUCAGUACUUGACAAUUUUGCUCUGUUGUCGGGUCAGUUGAACGUCCUUGGCAAACUAUUGAAGAGUGACAAAAUCCCUGCUCUGCGUAAUUACGCUCUGUUUCCAGUGCUACUGUCACCUGACAGGGAUCCAGAACUUGAGAAACUGACAGAAGGUCGAGUUUCUGUUUUUAACCAUGAAGUUGCACCCGAUUAUCUUCGAACAAAGCCAGAUGCCGACGCUGAAGUGGUUGUGAAUGAAAUGAGCAGUAAAGUUGCUAGCAUUUCCUCUGAUGCUGCCAUGAAACAGUUGGUGAGCCUGAACAAGGUAACGAGUAACAUUCUGGAUUUGCUCAACUCGGCAAGAGAACAGUGGGACAAGGAUGCAAGUCAGAGAACUGCCCAGCCCCAGACGUCAUCUCUGACAGACACACACAUGCUGAUAGCUGCCCUGCAGUUUGGAAAAGGUUUACGGCUUCGUCGUCCCGACACCCCACAGCAGCAGCAACAGCAUGCUGUCAAUGUGCAACAACAUCAGAAACAAGGAGGCUCAGUGGGGAAAGCUCAGAGUGCAGUGAGAACCAAUAUAAAAGCUGCAGUCAGUUCAUCACCCUACCAGAGAUCCUGAUUGUAAAUCCGUGUUGUAGUUGAUGUCAUGGAGAUCAUUCAGUGAUGCAGACAAGCUACGGCUCAGCCAUGUCAUUCAUGCGCCGACUGCUUUCGAAAAUCUGAUCACUAAAGUCAUGACUUCAGUGGUAUAAGCCACAUUUUUGAAGUCAUUUCAGAUCUUGUUGGAAAUGCAGUACAAAGAGUUAAACAUAACUCAAGACAGUGGUGAGCUCCAAGUUGUGUGAACUUACACUAAUGCUCAAUUUUAAACAACAAACAGUGAAGAGGGGAUGUUGGAAAAAUUGACUGAUUUAGGCACACACCAUAAUAGCUGCCAGAAUUUUAAAUCAGUACACACUAUACAAGAGAGAACAAGUGUAAUCAAAACAAUUUCUUUCACUUUAUUAUAUACGGAGAGGUACAGCAAUAAGUAAAUAUAUGUUACUAAUACAAUAAAUAAUAAAAUAGUAA